CGCCGUCUCCGGAGCGCACGUCGGACGUCGAGCGGAAGUGACGUAAGGCGGCCGCCGGAGGUGUAGUCGGUGCGCUGCGCGGCUGGGCCUCGGAGUGGACUGGUUGGUACCCCCGUGAGAAGAUAUCGCUAUGUCCAUCGAAAUCGAGUCCUCGGAUGUGAUCCGUCUCAUCAUGCAGUAUCUGAAGGAGAACAGUUUACAUCGGGCAUUAGCCACCUUACAGGAAGAGACUACUGUGUCUCUGAAUACCGUGGACAGCAUUGAGAGUUUUGUAGCUGACAUUAAUAGUGGCCAUUGGGAUACUGUUUUACAGGCUAUACAGUCUCUGAAAUUGCCAGAUAAAACCCUCAUCGAUCUCUAUGAACAGGUUGUUCUAGAAUUGAUAGAGUUGCGUGAAUUGGGGGCCGCCAGGUCACUCCUGAGACAGACUGACCCCAUGAUCAUGUUAAAACAAACACAGCCAGAACGGUAUAUUCAUUUGGAGAACCUCUUGGCCAGGUCUUAUUUUGAUCCUCGUGAGGCAUACCCAGAUGGAAGUAGCAAAGAGAAGAGAAGAGCAGCUAUUGCCCAGGCCUUAGCUGGGGAAGUCAGUGUGGUGCCUCCAUCUCGUCUCAUGGCAUUGCUGGGGCAGGCACUGAAGUGGCAGCAGCACCAGGGGUUGCUUCCUCCUGGCAUGACCAUAGAUUUGUUCCGAGGCAAAGCAGCUGUCAAAGAUGUGGAAGAAGAAAAGUUUCCUACACAACUGAGCAGGCAUAUUAAGUUUGGUCAGAAAUCACAUGUGGAGUGUGCUCGAUUUUCUCCAGAUGGUCAGUAUUUGGUCACUGGGUCUGUUGAUGGAUUCAUUGAAGUCUGGAACUUUACAACUGGAAAAAUCAGAAAGGAUCUUAAAUACCAGGCCCAGGAUAACUUUAUGAUGAUGGAUGAUGCUGUUCUCUGCAUGUGUUUUAGCAGAGAUACAGAAAUGUUAGCAACUGGGGCUCAAGAUGGAAAAAUCAAGGUAUGGAAGAUUCAGAGUGGACAAUGUUUAAGGAGAUUUGAAAGGGCUCACAGUAAAGGUGUCACCUGUCUAAGCUUUUCUAAGGAUAGCAGUCAGAUCCUUAGUGCCUCUUUUGACCAGACAAUUAGAAUUCACGGGUUAAAAUCUGGGAAAACACUGAAGGAAUUUCGUGGCCAUUCCUCCUUUGUUAAUGAAGCAACUUUUACACAAGAUGGACAUUAUAUUAUUAGUGCAUCCUCUGAUGGCACUGUAAAGAUCUGGAAUAUGAAGACCACAGAAUGUUCAAAUACCUUUAAAUCCCUGGGCAGCACUGCAGGGACAGAUAUCACUGUCAACAGUGUGAUCCUGCUUCCUAAAAACCCAGAGCACUUUGUGGUGUGCAACAGAUCAAAUACCGUGGUCAUCAUGAACAUGCAGGGGCAGAUUGUCAGAAGCUUCAGCUCUGGUAAGAGAGAAGGUGGUGAUUUCGUUUGCUGUGCCCUAUCUCCCCGUGGUGAAUGGAUCUACUGCGUAGGGGAGGACUUUGUGCUCUACUGUUUUAGCACAGUCACUGGCAAACUGGAGAGAACCUUGACAGUUCACGAGAAGGAUGUGAUUGGUAUUGCACAUCACCCUCAUCAAAACCUGAUUGCUACCUACAGUGAAGAUGGACUCCUAAAACUCUGGAAACCCUAAUUUCCACUUUUCUUUUAAAACUUGCUUGAGAGCAUGUACUUAAGUGAAGGCAUAUUCAUGUAUUGCUUUUUUUUUUUUUUUUUUAAGCUACCUUUUUCUAAGCAACUGAGUUAGGCACAAGAAUAAUUUUGUGGAAAUUCAUGUUCAAGUAGCAGUUACCCUUUUUUAUAUAUUUUUAAGGUAUUCAUUUAUCUGUUUCUAAUUGGGGCACUUAAUGUAGUCUUCUACCUGAAGGGUGAAACACUGCUGUUUCUAGAAAAAAACUGUACUUUGAUUUGAAAUGGUGAUUUAAAAAGUACCUCCUGCAGUAAAACCGGUGAAUAAGUAGUAAUUAUCCCACAUUCAGUAGCUCUCUGCUGUUCUGUUUUUUAGAUAUUAAUAAACUUUACACCUUUUG